AUGUCUGGUUAUGCCUCUUUUGGAUCUCUCUUCCUUUUUAUUUUCUUUUUCCUCACUAGCCUGAGAGCGUCUGCACAAGAUCCCACUUAUUCUUACCAUGUUUGUCCAGAUAGGGAAACUUUUUCAAGGAACAGCGCCUUCUCCACCAAUCUAAGAAUUCUUUUGUCUUCCCUGUCUUCCCGCAGAGUCUCCUACUCCACAGGAUUCCAUAACGCCACCGUCGGGAAAUCCCCCGACAGGGUCACCGGACUUUUCCUCUGCCGAGGGGACCUAUCGCCGGAAGCUUGCCGUAACUGCGUUGCCUUUUCCAUCAACGACACCCUAACUCGGUGUCCGAAUGAGAAACAGGUCACACUCUAUUACGAUGAGUGUAUGCUCAGAUACUCCGACCGAUAUAUCCUCUCGACCAUGAGUCCCAAUGGAGGAAUUAUCUUGUUUAACAACCAGGGUGUUAACUCGAACCAAAUAGGGUUCAGUGAUCUGGUCCUCACCAUGAUGAAAAAAGCCGCCACCGCAGCAUCGCGCAGUUCUCAAAAAUUUGAUGCGAGAAACGUCAACUUCACUGCGUCACAGAGUGUGUACGGGCUAGUGCAGUGCACUCCUGAUCUGACGAACCAAGACUGCUUAUGGUGUCUCCAACAGAUUAAUAAUCAGUUGCCCGUUGACAAAAUCGGGGGAAGAGUCAUUGUGCCGAGCUGCAGUUCAAGAUUUGAGCUUUACCCGUUCUAUAACGAAUCCGCCGUCACGACACGUCAGCCGCAGCUGGAUUCAGCUCCUCCUCCACCAACACAACCGCCGAUUUCAAAUCCGAGCCCAACUGUUUCUUUAGAUAUAGAAAAAGGCGGGAACUCCUCUGUCAAAGUCAUUGCGGUUGUUGUUCCAAUCAUCGUCGUUUUUCUUAUUUUCGUGGCUGUUUUUAGUGUCCGAGCUAAGAAAAAGAGGACGAUUCAUGAGACGGAACCACUUACUGAAGAUAAGAAUGAUAUUACGACGGCAGGCUCACUUCAGUUUGAUUUUAAGGCUAUUGAGGCAGCAACGGAUAAGUUUUCUGAGAGUAACAAGCUUGGUCAAGGUGGAUUCGGUGCAGUUUACAAGGGUACAUUUCCUAAUGGCGUACAAGUUGCGGUGAAGAGGCUAUCAAAGACAUCAGGACAAGGUGUAAGAGAGUUUGAGAACGAAGUUGUUGUUGUCGCAAAGCUUCAGCAUAGGAAUCUGGUAAGGCUGCUUGGUUUUUGUUUGGAAGGAGAAGAGAAGAUUCUAGUCUACGAGUUUGUGCCAAACAAAAGCCUUGAUUACUUCCUUUUUGAUUCUGCAAUGCGAAGCCAGCUGGACUGGACAAGACGGUACAAGAUCAUUGGAGGAAUUGCUAGAGGAAUCCUAUAUCUUCAUCAAGAUUCACGUCUCACAAUCAUACAUCGUGAUCUCAAAAUAAGUAACAUACUCUUAGACGCUGACAUGAACCCCAAAGUUGCAGAUUUUGGAAUGGCUAGAAUUGUCGAGAUUGACCAAACCGAAGCCGAUACUAGAAGAAUAGUUGGAACCUAUGGUUACAUGUCUCCCGAGUAUGCCAUGUACGGCCAGUUCUCCAUGAAAUCAGAUGUCUAUAGCUUUGGAGUCUUAAUUCUUGAGAUAAUAAGUGCCAAAAAGAACAGUAGUCUAUCAAAUGGAUGGUACUGCUGGCAAUUUGGUUACCUAUGCUUGGAGGCUGUGGAGCAAUGGGACGCCAUUAGAGCUCGUGGAUCCGUCCUUCCAAGAUAA